AUGGAAAACAUUGCCGCGCAGCUGAAGCGCGGCAUCUCGCGGCAGUUCUCGUCGGGGUCGCUGCGGAGGAGCCUGAGCCGGCAGUUCACGCGGCAGGCGUCGCUGGAUCCGCGGCGGAACAACCAGCGGUUCAACUUCGGGCGGCAGUCGUCUCUGGAUCCGAUUCGCCGGAGCCCUGAACACGAGGAAGCGGAGCUCACCGUGCCCGAGAACCUGGACUCCACCAUGCAGCUGCUCUUCAUGGCUUGCCGCGGCGACGACAAGGGAGUGGAGGAUUUGCUUAACGAAGGGGUCGACGUCAACAGCAUCGACCUCGACGGCCGCACUGCCCUCCACAUCGCCGCCUGCGAAGGCCACAUCGAAGUCGUCCGGCUCCUCCUCACCCGUAAGGCCAACAUCGACGCUCGCGAUCGCUGGGGCAGUACCGCGGCGGCUGAUGCCAAAUAUUAUGGAAAUACAGAGAUUUAUUACAUGUUGAAGGCUCGUGGAGCGAAAGUGCCGAAAACCAGGAAGACUCCAAUGACUGUUGCAAAUCCUCGUGAAGUUCCGGAAUAUGAACUCAACCCGUUAGAGCUACAGGUUCGGAGGAGUGAUGGUAUUUCAAAGGGAUCAUAUCAAGUAGCUAAAUGGAAUGGCACAAAGGUUGCAGUGAAAAUACUUGACAAGGACAGUUAUACAGAUCCUGAUACCAUAAAUGCUUUCAAACAUGAGCUCACAUUAUUAGAAAGGGUGCGACAUCCUAAUGUGGUCCAGUUUGUUGGAGCUGUAACCCAAAAUAUACCUAUGAUGAUUGUGCGCGAGUACCAUGCUAAGGGUGACCUGGCAAGCUAUCUUCAAAAGAAAGGGCGUUUGUCCCCAUCAAAAGUUCUACAUUUUGCUCUUGAUGUUGCUAGGGGCAUGAACUAUCUUCAUGAAUGCAAACCCGAACCGGUUAUUCACUGUGAUUUAAAGCCAAAAAAUAUUUUGCUGGAUAAUGGAGGGCAAUGGAAGAUAUCUGGAUUUGGCACUGUGAGAUUUUCUUUAAUCUCACCUGAUGAAGCAAGCCUGAUACAGCCUGACUCUAACGUUGAUCUUUCAAGCUUGUACGUAGCACCGGAGCUUUACAAAGAUGAAGUCUUUGAUAGAAGUGUGGAUGCAUAUUCUUUUGGUCUGAUUAUAUAUGAGAUGAUAGAGGGUUCACCUCCCUUCUAUCCCAAGCCCCCGGAGGAGGCAGUGAAACUGAUGUGCUUAGAGGGGAAAAGACCGGCAUUCAAGAUCAAAACAAAACACUGUCCUCCGGAUUUGAAAGAGUUGAUUGAGGAAUGUUGGGAUCCAACCCCUGUUGUCAGGCCAACAUUUUCUCAGGUCAUUGAAAUAAAUAAUAGGCUACAUGCCACGUGGCAAGAAAGACAUCAUAUCAGGUUGCUUCCUCAUCCAAUUUGUGAGCUUCAAGUUGGUGUUGGUGUCCUGUUAGUAGCCAUUGCAAUUCGAACAAGAUUAACCUGA